CAUCCCCCGGACAUCCCCGGCGCUGCCUGCGGAGGGGCUGCGCCCGCGGGCUGCGCGGCUCUUAGCAGCUUUACGGCGGCGGUUGGAGAUUACGGUAACUGCCGCGGCGGUGGCGGUGGCGGUGGCGGUGGCGGUGGCGGUGGCGGUGGCGGCGGUGAGCCCCGGGCAGGCGAGCGUCUCCCUUCCUUUCCUUCUGCAAUGUCCCAGCCUUAGCCGUACUCCUCCUGAUGAAAGUCGAGUGUUUAAAGGCAGGGAAGGUUUCCCCCAGUUCUCAGAAAAGCGGUGCAACGUCCUUGGCAUGAGUGGCCCUGCUGUGCCCCUUGGAGCCUGGAGCUGUCACCUUACCGUGCUGGUGGCUGCUGGAGCUGGAGGGUGCAGAGCACAGAGCAAACUGCCGUAAUGUGUCCCCACCAAGCCCACCCAGCGUGGCCCGUGGCCCUCUGACCCCCUGCUCUUUCCAUAGGGGAGGAGCCCUCGCCACUACCCAGGCAAGGGGCGAGGGGUAAGAGAUGUCACCUGCCCCUUAGCCCCCCAGCCCUGCAGACCAGGAGCGUUCCCAGCAUUUUCCUGUGGCUUGCACAGUGCCAAAGUGAUGAGUUAAAGACCACCCAGCUCUUCCAGGGCAGUGCUGACAGUGGUGCUGUCCAUGGCACCAAAGCGUGAGCACUUCCAGGGCUGUAAAUUCCCUGUUUUCUAGGUGGCCAAGGAUCAGAACGUGCUUUUGGCCCCAAAACACGGAGUGUCCUGCCAGGAGGAGGACACUGAGUGCCCUGCUGGUGCAGGGGCAGCUCACCUUUGUACUUAGCUGAUGCAGAUGCCACCAUGGUUCCUGCAUCUCUGCAGCCUCACUCUGAUGUCAGCCAGCCCAAGGAUUUCACUCUUGUCCUGCCGAUCCAGCUGUCCAUGUCCAUCCUGGGGUUUUUGGAUCAAAAAUCCCUGGAUGCCUGUUCUGCUGUGAAUGGUCACUGGGAAUUCCUGGCCAGGCAGGUCCGGGUGGAGCGGCAAUGUCGGAGCAUAGUCCAGAAGACCCUUCUGCAGCUGCAGGAGCUGUGUCCUAGAAAGGCCAUUCCAAACUAUGCCAAAAGAGUCAAUGUGCAAAUUCCCCACUUAAAUGAUGAGGGUGAGGUCAUUGAAAUGAAGAACAAGGAGCAGACCAAGAGAUAUAAAUCGAAGACAGAGGAUUUCAGUCUGCAUGAAGCCUAUCAGGAGCUGAAAACUGACAAGAUUGAGCUGGAAGAGAGGAAUGUCUUCUGUGGCCCCUACAAGACCCAUAUCCUCCUGGAGCAGUCAGACAGCACAAGGAGAACCCAUUACAGUGGUGGGGACUGGGUGGCCGCUGCCUCUGCCAACAGAAGAGUGAGGCUGCUGCGUGUGCCAGGAGGGAAGGAAGUGCCUCUGCUGCUGCACGGCCAGGCUGGGCCCAUCACAGCUCUGUGCCUCCGUGAGGACCAAGGGCUCCUGCUCAGCAGCACCAGCUUUGAACUCAGCAUCAGGUGCUGGAAUAUUCACAGUGGUGCCUGUGUGAGAACCUUCACGGGUCACUAUGCAACAAUCACCUGCCUGCAUUGCCACGAGGAGCACUUGGUGUCGGGAGCUGGGGAUGGGAUGGUAAAAGUGUGGAGCCUGAAGAGUGGGAAAUGUCUCAGGACCCUGAUGCACAGCAGCCCUGUGUGGGCAGUGAGGAUGGACGGGAGCCACGUGGUCAGUGGGGGUCACCGAGGGCUGGUGAAGGUCUGGAGUGCUGAGACAGGGGCUCUGAUCAAGACAUUAGAGAGGCACCAAGGCCCAGUUCUCUGCUUGUCCUUUGAUCAGUGGCACCUCGUCACAGGAAGCCAGGAUGGAUAUGCCCUAGGAUGGAGCAUGUUGGGAAAAUGUAGGAGAUGCCUGAUAGCUUUCUUCCAUCCCAAGGAAGUCCUGUCCCUGGAGUUCCUGUACCUCAGAGUCAUCAGUGGCUGUGCUGAUGGACACAUUCGGAUAUUCAACUUCCUGACUGGAACCUGCCUCAAAGUGUUGGAGCCCAGCAGCAGUGGGGACCCCGUGUCUGCUCUCUAUGUUGCAGGAAGCAGGGUGGUCAUCAACUUCCCCAGCAGGCUGCUGCUGCUCCAGUUUGAGGAUGUGUUGUGGGACUAUUCCCUACCCACUGACAGAGAGGAGCUGAAGAAGGAAAGGAAGUCUCGGAAAGGGAAGCACCAGGAUGCCAGUGCAGAGCAGCAGCGAUCUCAGGACAAGUCCUCGAGAUCUCAGCAGCCAUCAAAGAGCCAUGGAAGACCAAAAAGUAUCACACCAAGCUUUUCUGGCUUUUCCAAACUGAGUCACAAACCAAGCAGCCACUGCCUUCAGCCCAGCCAAUAUUCAGACUCUCUGCUGCUGUCAAGAGCAGAUAUGCUGUUACAUUUCAAUGGUUCUGUCAUUUUCGCUCUGCAGUGUGUGGGAAAGCCUCUCAACUCCAAAUGUGUUGCUUUGUUUUUGGAUACAGGUGAAGCUGAACAGGGCCCUGCUCCCCCUGCACCUGAGGAGGCAGAAGUCACUUUGGAGCAUGAACUGCCCCAGAGAGAGUCAAGCUGUCCAAUGACCCCUGACAAGUUCUUCUUAAAAAUCAGCACCUUGCAGAGCUCCUGCAAGCCAGCCCCAGUCAGCCCCAGUCCUGAGCUCUCUGCAAAAGCCAGGGAAGCAGAGCAGCAGCACCCUGGGAAGGUGCCAAUGUCCAAAACGCCCCUGCAGCACAAGGAGGAGCAGGCAGCCCAGCUCCAGCGUGCCAGGCUGCACAGCGACUCUCUGACCAUGACCAAAAUCUCCACACCCUUUGAAACCAAAAUGCUGCAGCUCAGGCUGAAGAACUCUUUGCACAGCCCCACAGUGAAAUCCUCCAUCCCUGUUCCCUGUGUUGUACGCCCCAAGUUCUGUGGCUCACUGAGAGAAAGGAAAACUCCCAGGAGCCAUGGGAAAGAUGCUCCUGGCCCCAAAGAUGGGGAUCAGCUCAUUGAUCUCUGCACAGCUUCUGCAGAGCUGAUCCAACCAACACCUGGCACAGCUGCACAGAUGAGGAAUGAAGAUCCCAGGAGAAUAAAGCCCUUCUGCCCCUAUGGUUCCCGCAGGGACAGUGGGCUCAGGCUCCUGACAGCAGAGCAGGAGGUGCAUGAGGCAGCUGCAGCAGCUCAGCAUCAGGCACAGCAGGCAAAGCCCAUGGAAGAUACAGAAAGAGCCAGAAGGAAAGCCUGGCUAAGGAAAAGCAGAGGCCUACCUGUGGAUUCUUUCACUGGGGAGAGGAAAACACCUGCUCCAGAACUUGGGCAUAACACAUUUAUCUGAGGUGAUCCCUGAGUCCAACCAACAGCCAUGACCUGGGAUUCUGGUGUCCAUGUGGCUUUAAAUAUAAAAUACAGAUAUAUUCAUUUAUAUAUAUUUAAGUGUAUUUUGUUUAUGUAAGUAUACUCCUUGUGGUUUUAAGUGUAAAACACAUCCCCACUGAAAGUUUUCCUAAGAGACAUUCUUCAUGUAUUGAGCUAUUUCUCAAGGCAGUGAAUGGGCUGAGCCCUCUCCUGGAUUUAAUUCCCUAAAGCUGCUGUUGUUACCAGCAUGGCACUGUCUGACACCAACACAGCUCAGGAUGGGCUCAACCCGUGAGAAUAAUAAUAAAAACAUCUUAUCAGAGCUUUUGUGGAUUGAUUAGGGUGUAGAAGCUGAAGAUAUGUGGACUGAAAGCUGAUCAGUGGCACAAAGUCUGCUUGGAGACCAGUAACUGGGGGUUGAUUCUGGGUCUGAUUUUGUAUGUCCUGGACCAUGGGCAGGGUGUCCUGAAGUGCCACCAGCCCCAGAGUGGUGCUGCCAUCCAGAGGGACCUGGCCAGGCUGGACACAGAGCUGACAGAACCCUGGGGAAGUUCAGCAGUGGAAGCUCCAGUGCUGCCCUGGGGAGGAACAGCUCCAGGACCUGUGGAAAGCAGCUUAAACUUCAUUUCUGUGAAAUGCAAAAUAGGGUAAGGGUUCAAUUUCCCCAUUUUUGUGGAUAAAUGCCUACAUGUGGAUUAUGGAGUUUCCUGUCCAUGGCAGGGUGAUGGAACUGGAUGGUCUUUAAGGUUUCUUCCAACACCAACCAUUCUGUGAUUUUGUGGUUUCCACCAAUGCUGAUCACUUAACAGGAGGACAAAAACCUUCCUAGUAUUUGAAAAAAGCUGUUUAUCUAGCUUUAAGUAUCUGGGCUGGUGUACCAAAGAUCUGUUGCAUCAGAGAUUUGAGAGAGGACAAUUCUGCCCAUGGUCAUGUCAAGGGGCUUUCACCAGCAGUUCUGGUUUGAAAUUAAAGUGUCUGAAACUCUCCCCACAGUGGGGUUGUGAUUAGUGUUGGUGUGUUUAAUUCAGUGCCAUCUUCGACUUGCAAAGCCUGGGAUGAAGCCAGUGAAAAGCAACCCCCGGGAGGCUGGCAGUCUGUGCCACGGCACAGGGACUGCUGCGGCGAGGCGGCUGUGCCUGGCACAGGAUGUCCCGUUCCGCCACAGGAUGGCAGCUUCGCCCAAAGAAUGAGCAUGAACCCACCCAAGGAGCCUGUGCCACAACCCCCAGGAAAAGCCUGAUGGAAAACCAUCAUGGAAAGGCUCAUUUCUUUUUGGCCAUGGCAGAGUGAGGAGGAUCAGGGGGUUUGUUCAGCUUGGAGCCCAUAAAUCAGCACCUCCCUGCAGGUGGGGGUUCAGGUGCUUGGAAGGUGGUGUGAUGGCACCGUGUUGGUGUCACAGCAGCUCUGUCUGCACAGCUCAGCAGGUGGCUCCAAACAGAAUGUGCUUUAUCCAGCGCUGCUUACAGCUGAAGGGUCGCUGUUCCAGCAAAGUCUGGAUGCUUAACACGACGAACAGAGAAGAGAAAGAUGCUGUUAAAAAGUGGAAAGAACCUCUUUUGUAAAUACUUCUCUUUAUUAAAAAGUAAAUGAAGUUUUUAGGUAGCAUUGCAUUUAUCAGCAACAGCCUGUGAUGUCCUGUGAAAUGGCCGAGUUAAUUACAUGGAGGCAGUCGGGGAUCAGGGUCAGCAGUGGCACGGUG